AUGACAACUACAGUAAGAGCGUACAAGGGACUGAUGACCAAAAGAAGCCAAGUCGCUCUGGCAUGGUUGGAAGAAUCCACACAGCGUCUUCAACACCUGAAGGGAAAAAGCACACAACAAGAACAAGUCAAGGAAUUCACAAUGACUGUGGCGAGGUGUGACGAAUAUCUGGAACUUCUCGAAGCAUCCUUAACUAAACUCACGGAAGCCUUCGAUAAACUUCAGGAUACCACAGACGAAGAAGAAGAUCAGUUAGACAAGCACGCGGAGAUUGCUCAAGAGACUAUCAUGAAGUUAUACGCACACAAAUCCAAUACCAAGCAGAUGCUACAAGAAAUAACGACGGCAGCUACGCUCCGAACAAGUGGAACCGACCACCAAUGUUCUGCAGCAGAGACAUGGGACCGCUACUGGUCUUUGGAAUCCACCGGUACGGAGGAGUACACUGGUCCACAAAAAACGGAGCUCCAGAAAACAAACGAGAAAGUAUUGGAAAAUUUUAAGGAGUCCAUCGAGAAAAGGGAGGACGGCUACUACGUACGCCUACCAUGGAAAGAGAACCAUCCCGAACUCCCCGAUAACAAGGCGCUAGCAAUGAAACGUCUUGCAAAGAUCCUGGAGAUAUAUCAAAAGGACCCGAAGACACUACAAGCGUACGACAACAUCUUCAAGGAACAACAAGAGAAGGGAAUAAUAGAAGAAGUAAUAUCGAAGUACAUUGAUGAAGGAGAAGUAGUCUACUAUUUACCGCAUCAGGCGGAGGUGAAUCGACGAAUCCUCAACAAAUCCGAUGGCCACAGACUCGUCGUCUUCACUGUUGCUAGCCAGUGCGCAAUAGCAGCAUGCGCAUAUCUCACCUCUCAAGAAGAAUCCAGCAUCAUAAUGGCAAAAUCCAAAAUUCCAUCUAUCAAAACUUCAAUGACGGUUCCCAAGUUGGAAAUGAAUGCAUUAACGCUAGGCGUGCGAAUGUCCCACUUUAUCUGCGAUGCACUGGAACCACUUUGUAACAUCAAGGAGGUUAUCCUCUACACAGAUUCGGAUAUCGUGUUAGGAUGGAUACACACUCCUCCAUCACGUCAGAGCGCAGGCGUUUUGGUCACAAACCGACUAACAGAGAUAAGGCGAAUCAGCAAUGACCUCCGCGGUCGAAACACGACAUGUCUCUUCGGACACGUCUCAACAGCAGAAAACCCAGCUGAUUGCGGAACCAGAGGACUAUCAUCGGAAGCGUUUCAAAAUCACUUCUGGUGGACAGGACCCAGUUUCACGAGCAAGCCAGACCAUUCUAAACUGAACGCAAUCGAAGGAUCAGAGACGACGAUGAUGCCAGUGGAGACGGUGACUUUGGCAGUAACAGAAAGAACAUCUGAGAAGGAAUUAGUCGAUUUAACCAGAUUUAGCACCCUCGAAAGAGCUCAGAGAGUGCUGGUCUACGUUCUGCGUUUCAUACACAGAUCCAUAAAUCAUCUACCUCACGAAAGGAAGGUUGCUGUGCAAGAGCACAUAUCGGCACUCAAAGGAGUUUCGAUGUCGCAGACUAUCACGGGAGUUGAGAUGCAGGAAAGCCAAAUGUGCUUAAUUCGCGACCACCAGAGAAUUUACGUGGACGAACACCAAAUUAAGUCACAAAAGGACCUGAACAUUCAACGAGACGAGAGAGGAGUUUUACGCUGCUAUGGACGCAUGCAGCAAUCCGAUGUACCAAUCACAGCAAAAACACCCAUCUACAUCGCACCUAGAACAACGUUGGCACGUCUCAUCAUCUCAGAGGAUCAAGCAAGAGAAGAACUGAACAACGCUAUCAUGGAGCUCGCGAGCGAAUUUAAACAACAACAAGAAGAAACCCGGAACUGGGUGCAGCAGCAGAUUGAUAACGCACUGAACAAAGGAAAGGAACGAGAUCUUCAGAUGAAUAUUGAAGCACAAAGACAACACAAGUUACUUCUCAAAGAGAUCUCUGAUACGAAGCAGCAAAUUGUCGAGCUGGCGAGGCAGAUAAAGGAGAACAGACGGAAACGCCCGAGGGAAAGAAGCCCCGACAGACCUGGUCCCUCGCACUCUCCCUGGUGA